AUUAUUCGUAUUUUAAACGCUGAACUUGACGCCUUACGAUAAAUAAUGGCAAAUAUCUACAAUAUUUCCAUAUCUGAAUGCAAAAACGCCGUCACGACUAUAGGCGAUCAAGCACAAUCGCAAAUCUCAAAAACAGAUCCUACAAGUACAAGUACAAAUACAAGUACAACUUUGGAGGAUGUUAGCAACUGCUAUGAACCAGUUCGUAGCUAUUGUUCGCGAGGGAAGGUUGAUCAUGAAAUUGAGAAGAUACAAAGAGGAAAACCAAAAAUUUUGAACGGAACAAUAGGAACGGGGAAAACUUACGCAUCUCGGCAUUACAUUGAUGAGAACAAGCAAAAGUUCGUCAUAAGUUGGUUUUUAGACGUCUCUGCUACUGACGACAGCAUCAUCUUGUCGUUAAAUGACCUUGCAGAGAAACUGGGUGUACAGUAUCGACUGUUAUUUGAGACCGUUAAACAAAAAGCUGUGGGAAAGGAUGUAAUAUUUGUCCUAGACAACGUGCAAAAGAAACCGUCUUCUGAGUGGUUUAAAAAGUUGUGGAAUAUUCGAAGUUUAAUUUACAUCAUCAUCACAACCAACAAUGCUUCUCUGUUUCUGUCUCUUUCUAAUACGGAAGUACUACAAGUGGAGAAGUUUGACGAGGCAAUGGCGUUUCUUCAGGACAUUCAUCCUAAGAAUAGUGAAGAAGAUCUCAAAGAGCUUUGUAAUCAUUUUGGUUGGAAUAUCCUUGGUCUAACAACUGCCAAAGAUUACAUGUUGACAAAAAAGAUGACAACUCGAAUAUACCUCAAAAUGCUGUAUGAUAGCGAGGCAGCACCGAAAGUUCGUCAAAACGAGCUAAGUACACAUCAACGAACACUUUACGCGAGUGUGCGUGCAUGUUUAGAAGAAGUUGAUAAGAAUAGGUUCUCUGCUUUGGCUACCGUCUCUUUCAUUUCAAACAGCAUGAUCCCAGAGUUUCUUCUCAGCAAUCAACUACCUUCAAGCAAUGACUUGGCGAACACAGCAGAUCUAAACGACCUACAUGAUCAGCUGAAGUCGCUGGUUCAAAUCACAGAAGAAAAUGGUAUUCGUUUCUUUUCAUUCCACCCGUUUACCCAGUACGUGAUCAAAGACAUGAUCGACGAACAAGUUAAAGCAGAUCUGUUGUACAAACUAGCGGAAAUAUUUGUCAGAUAUAUUAAUAAAGACAACCGUUUUUCCAAAGGUAAUUUUCUUCAGCGUAUCAUACGUGAGCAUGCAAAGUUCUUUCUUCAAGAAUGGGAAGACAAGGAAAAAGAUGACCGUACUGCGAUAGCAUUAGCUCGACUAUCAGAACUGGUUGGUUUCACGUACACUCAGCACCAACCUCCAAUGCGCAAGCAGUCGGAUGAACAUUUUGCACGUGCUAGAGAGUUGAUUCAUAAUAUUUGCGGGAUAACUGAUGAAGAUUUAAAACCGGCUGACAGGUCGCUAAGCCCCAGACAACCGCUCGGAGAUUCUGAAGUAGACCAAAUGUACGAAAUUAGUAAGAACGAGCUAAGCGUUGCGCACCAAUUGUUUAAAAAACUGACACGAAAGAGCUGCGAACUAUCGUCGGACACCAUCCAAGAGCUUGUAUUUUGGCGCACUGUAAACAAGCAAGACCUAGCUGUGUUCCCGGAAGCAGUCAAGGUGAAUCAAACUGUGAAGGAAAAAAUUGAACGCUCCCAACCGCUCUCCCCAAGUGAAGUCAAAGAGUUUGUUUAUCAUGAUGCGGCGUACGGUGUUGAUGACUAUCGCAAGUUAUUUUUACCGGAACUUUACCUCUCGGUGAUUUACAGCCUUGGCCGAAACUAUUUCUACAAAAACGGUGAAGCAAUGAAACAGCCAAGCCUUUACAUCGAUCUUUUGAAGCUAGCGUAUUGCCUUUCACGUGAAAUUAGCGAAGCGAUGAAUGAAAACGAUGCUGUCUACCAUGAAUAUACAGUGCAGUUAAAUGGUCUAUUGUAUCUUCUGGUUAAUGAUGACUAUAUCUGUCGAGACGAUAUACAUGAAAAGAAAGAGGGACAGGUUCAUGCCAAGGACCUGAUGAAUGCAGUUGAUCGCUACAAACAAUUGGAAUGCGAAGAAAGAAGAUUUUUCGAGAUGGGGAUAUUGAAAACAACGAGAGAUGACACGUAUAGACGGUUAGUUUGUUAUCGACAGAUCUUGGCAUGCUACAAAGCUUUGCUAUCACUCAAUAGCAUUGAAAAUCGUGACCAUUACGUGUCGGACGGCGUUCAAAUUUGCGACGAUCUUUUGGGAUUACUGGAAACUUUCACUGCUCAAAAUGCCUUGGUUCAAAAUUCCAGAUACUUGAAUACUAUUGGCGAGUUCUACUCAAGUAUCAAAAAGGAUGAAUACUAUCGCAAGGCGAUUGAUAUUUUCACAAAAUCCGCGGAGAAAGCUAAAGAAGAUGAAGUGACCUUAUUCCACCUAGAGGCUUUGGUUGGUUUAGCAGAAGUGUACACCCGAAUGGGCAAUCGUGAUCAUUCACUUGCAUAUCUGACAGAAUGUGAGGACAAAGAAAGUCUUCGUAAUAUGAAACAACAGAAGCCACGUAUUCAACAAAGAAUGAAGAAAAUUCAAGAACAAAACAUUGCUAUGGUUGCUAAGGCUAAACAAAAACCCGCUUCCCAUGACGAGAGGUCUGAUGGUGACUACCGCCCUUGCAACGAGAACGAAUAGCCGAUGUACAAUUCCCUACCUGUACGUAAAAGUAUACGAUUGACAGAAAUGGAUCUACAUACAGAAAACUCGUUAAAUUUUAGUCUUGUCCAUCAUUAAGAGUUUCAGUAAUCGAGGGUGAUAAAUAAAUA